AUGAAUCACUCAUUGCCUUUCCGUCAGAACUACAGGAAACCAUCGCGUCAAGCGAGUAUGGAUCCGCAUAACGAUUUGAACCCUCAUGUAGAUCAUUUCAUCGGAAUUGAUGUUGGAACUGGAUCAGCAAGAGCGUGUAUUAUCGAUGCUUCAGGAGAUAUUAAGGCUUUGGCUACAGAGAACAUUGGUCUAUGGCAGCCAGAAGUCGGAUACUAUGAACAGUCUACAACAGACAUCUGGAGAUGUAUUUGCAUGUGUGUGCAAAGAGCUCUCAGUCAACACAACAUCGACCCAACAACAAUUCGCGGUAUCGGUUUUGAUGCUACUUGCUCCUUAGCAGUAUUCUCACAGGAUACUGAUGAACCUGUACCUGUCACCGGUCCAAACUUCGCAAAUGAUGGUAAUGACCGCAACGUUAUUUUAUGGCUUGACCACAGGCCAGUCGAAGAGGCAAAGAAAAUUAAUGCAACUGAACAUAAUCUGCUACGAUACCUUGGAGGAAAGAUGAGCAUUGAGAUGGAAAUUCCCAAAGUCCUAUGGCUAAAGAACAACAUGCCACCUGAGCUCUUCGAUCGCUGCAAGUUCUACGAUUUGGCGGAUGCUUUGACACAUAUUGCAACUGGCAAUGAAAGCAGAAGCUUUUGUAGUACUGUCUGCAAGCAGGGAUUUGUCCCAGUCGGUGUCGACGGAAGUGUAAAGGGAUGGCAAGAGGACUUCUACGAAGCCAUUGGUUUGGGUGAUCUUGCAAAAGAUAACUUCAAACGAAUGGGAGGAGUUGAUGGAGUAAAUGGCAACUAUCUCAGCGCCGGUGAACUUGUUGGUACUCUUAGCGAAAAGGCCGGAAAUGAACUUGGACUUCCAGCCGGUAUCGCUAUAGGAAGUGGUGUUAUUGACGCAUAUGCCGGAUGGAUUGGUACUGUUGGUGCGAAGGUCAAUCUUGGAACAAAUUAUCUUGAUACCGGAGCACCCAAGAAUGACAUCUCCCAAGCAUUCAGUCGCCUUGCAGCUGUAGCUGGUACCUCCACUUGCCAUUUGGCAAUGUCACGCGAGCCUGUUUUUGUUGAUGGAGUCUGGGGUCCUUACCGAGAUGUUCUGCUUCCCGGUUACUGGAUGGCAGAAGGUGGUCAGUCGGCUACUGGUGAACUCCUCAAACACGUCUUGGAGACCCAUCCAGCGUAUAAUGAGGCUAUGUCCAUGGCGGAAUCAUUUAAUACCAGUAUUUACGAUUACCUAAACUCUCAUCUCGAGGAAUUGAUGGAGAAGGAGAACGCCCCAACCAUCUCAUACCUUGGACGCCACUUCUUCUUUUACGGUGAUCUAUGGGGUAACCGUUCGCCUAUUGCCAACCCAAAGAUGACUGGUUCAGUUAUUGGUCUUACCAACGACCGUAGCAUGGAUGGUUUAGCCAUUUAUUAUUAUGCCACCAUGGAAUUUAUCGCCAUGCAAACGCGACAAAUCGUGGAAACAAUGAAUAAUGCUGGACACUCCAUCACCUCUAUCUUCAUGUCCGGCUCACAAUGUCAAAAUAAAAUCCUCAUGGAACUUAUGGCUACCACCUGCGCCAUGCCAGUCCUGAUUCCCAGAUACGUACACGCAGCCGUUGUCCACGGUGCCGCCAUGUUGGGUGCCAAAGCAGCUAGUGCAGAUAAAGAAGGCAAGACAGAGGAGCUAUGGAGUAUCAUGGAUAGAAUGAGCAAGCCAGGCAAGGUUACCAGACCAGGAAAAAACGCCGAUGAAAAGAAAUUGUUGGAUGUUAAGUACAAGGUAUUCCUUGAGCAGUGCAAGACUCAACAAGUAUAUAGAGAUCAAGUCGAUGCGGCGAUAGAAGGCUGGGGACCGGAGUAA